AUGGGCAACACGACCAGUGCUGUGCUGGACAAUAUUGUCCAGGGGUCGAAUUUCGACAGGGAAGAGGUGGACAGGCUACGGAAGCGGUUCAUGAAGUUGGACAAAGACAACUCCGGCACGAUCGAGCGCGAAGAGUUUCUGAGCUUGCCGCAAAUAUCGUCCAACCCGCUCGCUACAAGGAUGAUCGCUAUUUUCGACGAAGACGGCGGCGGCGACGUCGAUUUUCAAGAGUUCGUCUCCGGGCUGAGCGCCUUCAGCAGCAAGGGCAACAAGGAGCAGAAACUGCGGUUCGCCUUCAAGGUGUACGAUAUCGACCGGGAUGGUUACAUCAGCAACGGGGAGCUGUUUAUCGUGCUGAAGAUGAUGGUGGGUAACAACCUCAAAGAUCAGCAGCUGCAGCAGAUUGUCGACAAAACCAUCAUGGAGGCAGACCUGGACAACGACGGCAAGAUCAGCUUUGAGGAGUUCCAAAAGAUGGUUGAAAAUACGGAUAGCAUGAGUUUGAUGACGCUAGACCAGAUUUGA